AUGAAGACAUUGGACCACCUUAUCGGUGUGACUAGACACCAUGCCGCCACCACUAACAGCAGCCUCGCAGGAGGCAUUGGUACCGGUGUCGUGGCCGCUGUGGAUGUCAUCCACGAGAAUGGUGAAUAUGCCCACCCUCCCACAUUGCCUGUUCUGGGUCCCACCAGCUCUGGGUAUCACAACUAUCCUAAUUCAACUCGUUUCAACUCCCUUACGAACGGCCACUCAGAGGCAUCACUUGGGCGAGGAGCGGACUCUGUGAGUCAGAGUUUUUAUCAGCAUAACCCACAUCGGUCGCCGUCUUCUGGAGGUGGUGCACACACCCUACCGAUCGAAAGUGGGUCCUACUGCAACUUUCUGGAGGAAAGUACGGUUGGUGUCAGCUUCGCUGCAACUCCCUUCGAUGGAUACUCCAAUUUUCACAACUCAACUUCCAUUGCGGGUGCAGCAAUCAGUAAUCAUUUGCCUGUUACCGGUCCUUCCUCAUCGGACUCGCAUGAUCCGAAUGCCAAUCGAACGAACCUUGACAUCGCUCAUCCGCGCACCUUCAUGGAUGGACCUUCGCCAUCAGUACCCAGCUCUUUUCAGGGUGUACGCAAUUCGCGUUUAUUGCUAGCCUCUAGUGAUGAUCCAGACACCCUACAUUUGGGUCUGAGCUUUCAGCUACCAGAACGAAUGGCCCCGCAUGCCUCCCAAGAGACUUUGAGUGCCACCGCGUCACUAAUUUCAGUUUUCCACGGACCUCCAUCAACCCCUAACAGCCUUCAGCAGACUUUUCCAGAGCUCGCCUAA